AUGGCCGAAUCUCCGCACGAGACGCGCGUGCAGGAUUUUGCAGCGCCUGCGCCUUCGCCUGUCUCCCCCACCGACCUCGAGCGCGCCACUUCCGACCCCACCGCCGCUCCCCACCUUGCCAUUGACACCCACCCCGUCGACGGCCAGAGAACGCGAGGCCGCUCUGCCACCUCCACCACCGCCACAGCUGCCCGGUUCGACACCGACCAUAGCCCUUCUUCCGACCGCGCUUCCUUUGACUCGACCCUGCGCAGACGCAUCACCCGAUCGCACACCGUCCGUCAUUACCGCUCCCCGACCCGGCCCUACCAGCAUCAAGAGCCCGGAGCAGAACCUGGUGUCGACACCAAAAAGGACACGGCCUCCAAGUACCAGAACCUCCAUGCCGACUGUCAAAUCACCGUAGUCGACUUUUCCGACGAGAGGGUCGAGUGCUACGAGCUGGACAAUGACUCCCUCGAGGAGUUUCUCGCCCACCCAAAGGAAGACUGGGCCUCGUGUCGCUGGAUCAAUGUCAAUGGCCUCAGCUGGGAUGUCAUCAAAACACUGGGCAACCACAAGAAUCUCCACAGCCUGGCGAUUGAGGAUCUCAUGAGCACCUCGAGCCGCACCAAAGUCGAUUGGUACUCGGAUCAAGCCUUUUUGUUGCUCACCCUUUCCAAGCUGGUCAGAACACCAGUCGAUAGCGAUUCAGACAGCAGCGACUCGGAUUCCGACUCGGACGAGGAACGCAGACGUUAUGCCCGCAAGAUGCGCGAGGGCUCGCGCUCUCGACGACACAUGCAAAAUAAGAAAAAGAAGGAGAGGACGCAAAAGAAGCGAUCCUUUUUCAAGUCGGUCAAGGACAGGUUGACCCCCGGGCCCUCGGCUCGUCAGAGGAAAGAUGACAUGCUCCGCACCUUGGACGGCCUGGAGAAGCAGCUGGACGGCACCGCGCUCGAGAAGAUGACCAUUUCCACUUCCCCAGCCUCCACUUCUGUCCGGACCCUGCAACGCUACCGAGGUGGCUACAAUCUAGACCGCGUCGUCUACCUCGAAGAUCACUCGGCCCUUACGCCCAAACACCUCACCGUCAGCGUGGAACAAGUCUCCAUCUUCCUACUCGCCGACAAUAGCGUCAUCUCCUUCUUCGAGCACUCGGCCGACGAGGUCGAAGACAUGAUUCUCAAGCGCCUCCGCACGCCCGACACCAUCCUGCGCCGCAGCCAAGACAGCAGCAUGAUGGUCCAAGCCAUCAUCGACGCCAUCAUCGAUCUUGCCAUACCCGUCGUUGCCGCCUACGAAGACGCAAUGGGCGAGCUCGAACUCGACGUCCUCCAAGAACCCGAAAUCCACCACUCGCAACUCCUCUACCUCCUCACCUCGGAACUCUCCAUCCUCCGCAACACCAUCCAACCCAUCAUCUCCCUCAUCAACUCGCUCCGCGACCACAAGGCAGACCCCAUGGCCCAAACCCUCCUCCAACACACGUCUAGCGGCCUCGCCACCCGCAAGACGAUGAGCUCCAUCAACAUCUCCCCGCUUGCACACACGUACCUUGGCGACGUCGAAGACCACUGCAUCAUGAUCACCGCCUCGCUCGACCAAAUGCGCCGCGCAGCCGACAAUCUCAUCGACCUCAUCUUCAACAUGAUGGGCGCCUUUCAAAACGAGAGCAUGAAGAUUCUCACCGCCGCCACCAUCUUCUUCCUCCCCCUCACCUUUCUCGUCGGCUACUUUGGCCAGAAUUUUGAAAAGUUUGACGGCAUCAAGAAUUCGGAUUCCUUUUUUUGGGUGAUUGCGGUGCCGGUCAUGGUAGUUACGCUGCUCGUGCUGUUGAGCUACCGGAUCAAGCGGGCGCUCGUGCGGUGGGUCGGCAAGUUGCGCAGGCGGAGGGUUCGGCUGAGGGAGGCGAGGAAGAGGGGUGGGAGGGCGGAGCAGGGGUUCGAGGACCGUGAUGGCGGUGAGAGUGUGAGGGCGAGGAGGUUGAAGAAGAGGCAGACGUUGUAUACAAAGGGGAAUAUUGGCUCUUUUUAG